GUUUAAAUGUUGUCAAAAUUAUUACCGCUUUUGUUUUGACAAUUUGAGAAAAUUAAUUGAUUGUUUAAUAGAAUUGUGAUUUAAUUUAUUAUCUUUGGAUUGAUCAGUUUAAGUGUUCUAUUCUACAUCUUUAUGAUUAAUUGGAAGCAAAAGUAAAAAAGCAUUUCCAAGUUGAAAGAAAUUGUUGUUUAUCUUUUCAUCUUCUUCCUGUUCCUUGAAGAUGUAACAUCUUCCGUUUCUAUUGUUUAUCUUAAUUUUCAGCCGAUGUGGCCUAGGAUAUUGAAAGAAUGAGAAAACCAUCCGUCAAGGGAGUUAAUAUUCAUGCAACUUAUAAAACGCUGAUCUCAUUUAUCUUCGGUGUUUAUGUAAAUUUGACUUAACUCAACAUGAUAAGUAUAAGAUAUUCAUCUGGACGUAAAGGGGCAAAGGUUAAAAUCAAUGGAAUCAGCAUAAGAGUGUGGACUUUAUGUCUUCUCUUUUUCUGUGCAAUUCCUGCAGGAUUUAUAAUCUACUAUCAUCAUUUUCUCAACAGUUUCAUUCAUCAAAGAGAUGUACUUCGUUCGAGCUCAAAUUUCCUUGGAUUCAAUGACAGGGAAGCAAAACUCGCAGAGAGAGUAAGAGAAGUCGAAGAACAGAAUCAACUUUUACGAAGACAAUUAACAUUAUCAAGGAAUAAGCUGAUAAACAUUGCCCAACAUGAUGCUCACCAACAAAGACAAUUAAGUCAACUUAAACACCAGAAACAAUUGAAAGCUAAAAGUGAAAGCGUUGAAACCAAUGAUACUCAAAUAGAUUACCACAAGAAAGGAUUUAAUAAUGAUGGAAAUGAGAUGAGGACGGACGAUGGAGGCCAGAAAUGUUCACAAUCAUCGUCCUCCGAAUCACCAAUCUCAAAGUGUGAAGUGAUUAAUAUUGUAAUCGUUUGUGCUGGUUACAAUUCAAGUCGCUCAGUUGUCACUCUAAUCAAAUCAAUAUUAUUUUAUCGUAAAAAUCCUCUUCACUUUCAUUUUAUCGCCGAUUCAACUGCAAGGCUAAUUUUACAGAAUCUAUUCCGUACAUGGGCUGUACCAGGAAUCGAAGUUGAUUUCUAUCUAACUGAUAAUCUACAGAAAGAUGUAACCUGGAUUCCAAAUAAACAUUAUUCUGGAAUCUAUGGAUUAAUGAAAUUAGUUCUUCCCAAAGCCUUACCUGAUACUCUUGACAAAGUUAUAGUUCUCGAUACUGAUGUGACAUUUGCGACCAACAUUGUUGAACUAUGGAGAUUAUUUUCACAGAUGAAGGAUAAACCUCUCGGUUUGGUUGAGAAUCAAAGUGAUUGGUAUCUUGGUAAAAUAUGGAAAGGUCACCGGACAUGGCCAGCAUUGGGUCGAGGUUUUAACACCGGUGUCAUCCUAAUGAGCUUAAAUAAAUUACGAGAUUUUGGUUGGUCACAAAUAUGGAAAAUGAUUGCAGAGAAAGAAUUACUUUCAAUGUUAUCCACCUCAUUAGCCGAUCAAGAUAUUUUCAAUGCUGUCAUCAAACAUCAUCCAUUUCUUGUUCAUAAGUUACCAUGCCAGUGGAAUGUUCAAUUAAGUGACAAUAGUUUAUCCGAUCGACUUUGUUACACUGAAGCUCAAGAUCUCAAAGUGAUUCAUUGGAAUUCACCUAAAAAAUUAAAGGUGAAAAAUAAGCAUCUCGAGUUUUUCCGAAAUCUUUACUUAACUUUCCUCGAGUAUGACGGUAAUUUACUUCGACGUGAACUGUUUGGCUGUGCCAAUGUAACUGGAACAUCUACUCGAUCCAAAGUAAUAAAUAACAAUAAGAAUCAACUUACCAUUGACUCUCUCGAUGAAGAUGAUGCUUGUUACGAAUUCAGAAGAGCCACAAUUACCGAGUAUCGAACUCACCUUUAUUAUAUUGAAUACGAUUAUGAGGCGAAUCCUGAAGGAAAUGAUGUAACUCUUGUCGCACAAUUGUCCAUGGACAGAUUACAAAUGGUCGAAUCGCUUUGUAAACAUUGGGAAGGUCCGAUUAGUUUAUCACUUUACAUGUCAGAUUCUGAAGCUCAUCAAUUUUUCGGCUACAUUAUGGACUCACCGGUUCUACGUGAUCGUCGUAAUAUUGGUUAUCAUAUUGUUUAUAAAGAGGGCGAUUUCUAUCCAAUUAAUCAUCUUCGUAAUAUCGCUUUAGGCCAAGUAAAAACGCCUUUCGUUUUCUUGACCGAUGUUGAUUUCCUACCAAUGUUUGGACUUUACGAGUACCUUAAACGAUCGGUUUCCGCUCUUUCCCUCGAAUCUAGUGAUAAAAAAGCUCUAGUUGUUCCUGCCUUUGAGACGCAAAGAUAUCGAAUUUCAUUUCCUCGAACCAAAGCUGAUUUACUUAAUAUGCUUGACCUUGGAACUUUAUUCACAUUUCGAUAUCACGUUUGGACUCAAGGACAUGCAUCGACUGACUAUCAAAAAUGGCGCACAGCUACGAGGCCUUAUAAGAUAUCAUGGGAACAAGACUUCGAACCAUAUAUCGUAGUUAAAAGAGAUGUCGUUAAAUAUGAUUCUCGAUUUGUUGGUUUCGGUUGGAACAAAGUUUCUCAUAUUAUGCAUUUACACGCGAUCGGUUAUCAGUUUAUCGUUUUACCGAAUGCGUUUAUUAUUCACAUGCCUCAUGCUCCAAGUUUUGAUAUUGCCAAAUUUAGAUCCAGUUCGAUCUAUCGAAAGUGUCUCAAUAUCAUGAAAAGUGAAUUUGUCUCUGAAUUGUCCCGUAAAUUUGGUAAACAAUUUGAAAUAACCAUUUCAAAUGAUUUAAUGAAGCAAUAAGCUAUUGGUAACGAUAAGAAAGCUGGAUCAUAAUGGAUCAACUAAAGUUGGAUGAUUAAUUUAAUUGUCCCGAUGAUGGUUCAAGUGUAAAAGAAAACAGAAUUGAGUAAAUUAUUAUAAAGUGAUAUGAAUUGGCAAGAAAAUCAUCACAAUCAAUGAAUUGUAAUUAACCGAUAUUUAUACUUUAUUUGUAACUCUGUCCAAUUACAAUAUUUCCUGUUUGCAAUAAUUUAUUGGUAAUUGUAAUUAAUACUAAUUGUAACUUACACGAACGAUGAAUGAUUUGAUUAUGUAAUUGAAAAUGCCUGUAAAAUGUAAACAUUAGAUUGGGAUAAUUAAUUGAUCAACUCACAUGGGUGUUGCUCUCAAAUAAUAGUUUCCACUAAUUGUUAAA